GGCCCGGGGCUCGCCUCUCCUCAGUCAGUCCUCUGCUAUUUCCGGAAGUGAAGUGGCCGCCUUCUUUGCUUCCGCGGGGGUCCGGGAGGCGACCGGCGGCCGGCGGCCGGGUGGGCCUGGAGGGAGCCGAGUGAUUUAAUGAUGCUUUGCAACAGUCUCUAAGUCUGAAGCUUUCUGUGCCUGUGCAUCCCAGAAUUUGCCAAGAUAUGGAGGAGCCUCUGCAGAACGAUCUGAACACGAUGACCCACGAGAAGGAUGACCCUCUCCAGAGCACCAGCCCUCAGAUUUCUGUUAGUGAAUUUUCUUGCCACUGCUGUUACGACAUCCUGGUUAACCCCACCACCUUGAACUGUGGGCAUAGCUUCUGCCGGCACUGCCUAGCUUUGUGGUGGGCCUCUUCAAAGAAAACAGAGUGUCCAGAAUGCAGAGAAAAAUGGGAAGGUUUCCCUAAAGUCAAUAUUCUCCUCAGGGAUGCCAUUGAAAAAUUAUUUCCUGAUGCCAUUAGAAUGCGAUAUGAAGACAUUCAGCACAAUAAUGACAUAGUCCAGAGUCUUGCAGCCUUUCAGAAAUACGGGAAUGAUCAGGUUCCUUUAGCUCCAAACACAGGCCGAGUGAAUCCUCAGAGAGGCGGGGGAUUCUUUUCUGGAGUGCUCACCGCUUUAACUGGUGUGGCAGUGGUCCUGCUCGUGUAUCACUGGAGCAGCAGGGAAUCUGAGCACGACCUCCUGGUCCACAAGGCCGUGGCCAAGUGGACAGCGGAAGAAGUUGUCCUCUGGCUGGAGCAGCUGGGCCCUUGGGCCUCUCUCUACAGAGACAGGUUUUUAGCGGAAAGAGUAAAUGGAAGGUUGCUUUUAACCCUGACAGAGGAAGAAUUUUCAAGGGCACCAUAUACCAUAGAAAACAGCAGCCACAGAAGAGCCAUCCUCCUGGAACUGGAGCGUGUCAAAGCCCUAGGUGUGAAGCCACCCCAAAAUCUCUGGGAAUAUAAGGCUGUGAACCCAGGCAGGUCCCUGUUCCUGCUGUAUGCCCUCAAGAGCUCCCCAAGACUCGGUCUGCUGUACCUCUACCUAUUUGACUACACAGACACCUUCCUACCCUUCAUCCACACCAUCUGCCCUCUGCAAGAAGACAGUUCUGGGGAGGACACCAUCACCAGACUUUUGGAUCUUCGAGAGCCCACAUGGAAACAAUGGAGAGAAUUUCUUGUCAAGUACUCCCUCCUUCCAUACCAGCUGAUUGCUGAAUUUGCUUGGGACUGGCUGGAGGUCCAUUACUGGACGUCACGGUUUCUCAUCGUCAAUGCCAUGUUACUCUCGGUUCUGGAAUUAUUCUCCUUCUGGAGGAUCUGGUCAAGAAGUGAACUGAAGACCGUGCCUCAGAGGAUGUGGAGCCAUUUUUGGAAAGUAUCAACACAGGGGCUUUUUGUGGCCAUGUUCUGGCCCCUGAUUCCUCAGUUUGUUUGCAACUGUUUAUUUUACUGGGCCCUGUACUUCAACCCGAUUAUUAACAUUGAUCUCGUGGUCAAGGAAGUCCGACGGCUGGAAACCCAGGUGUUGUGACUUGCACUGCGCAGGCCCUGAGGGACUCUUCCAGCCUCCUUGACAUCGGAGCAUUGAUGCUUGAGCGGGGGGGGGGAGCAGACUUCCUAUUUCUGCGCCUCAUGAACAAGGUGCUGCUUUUUCUGUCAGAGGCUCUAACCAGGUCCUCUCUCCCAUGCCUGUGGCAUCCUGGCGGCAGGGACUGACAGCCCAGAGCUCAGCCGACACAGCAACAGCACCUCCCAGCCAGCCACCCUCCUCACAGGGACUGGGGAGGCCCGCUCCACCACGGCUCUCAAGGACCGGGACCCCAGAGGAUGUAGUGUGGCAAUGGCAGAAGGCUGCCGCGUCAGCGGUCCCGCUUGACAAAGGCUCCCGGCGCCAGUUGCAGCCUGAGGCCGAGCCCAAGACCCGGCUCGUUGGGGCCAGGCCCGUCCUCUA